AUGACCCAGGUCAAGGCCGUGCUGUUCUCGUGGAUCAACAUCCUCCUCAUUGCCGUUCCUGUCGGCAUCGCCCUGGAACAGGUCAAGUCCUUUAGCCGAGUCGGCGUCUUCGUCAUCAACUUCAUCGCCAUCAUUCCGCUCGCCGCCAUCCUAUCCUUUGCCACGGAAGAACUCGCCAUGUACAUCGGUGAAGUGCUCGGCGGUCUCCUCAACGCAUCCUUUGGCAAUGCCGUCGAACUCAUCGUCUCGGUCAUUGCUCUCAAACAAGGCAAAGUCAUCAUCGUACAGACUUCACUCAUCGGCUCCAUGCUCUCCAAUCUCCUCCUGGUGCUGGGCAUGUGCUUCUUCUUUGGCGGCAUCAAUCGCUCCGAACAAUUCUUCAACAUCACCGUGGCACAGACGGCCGCGUCCCUGCUCGCUCUCGCCAUCGGCUCCCUCAUCAUCCCCACUGCUUUCGCCAUGUUCUCCCCCAAGGGCGAGCAAGGUGUCGCGCAGGCCUCUCGCGGAACUGCAGUGCUCCUCCUCGUCACCUACGCCUGCUAUCUGCUCUUCCAACUCCGCACCCACAAGACCAUGUACAACGAGCCGUCGCAAAAGGAGGACGACGAGGAAGAAGAAACGCCAUCCCUCUCCAUCAUCGGUGCCCUCAUCACUCUCGGCAUCGCCACCGUUCUCAUCGCUUUCUGCGCCGAGUACAUGGUGUCGGCCAUUGGUGCGAUUGCCGACAGCAUUUCCCCCGAGUUCAUCGGACUCAUUCUCAUUCCCAUCGUCGGCAACGCUGCGGAGCACGCCACAGCCGUCACCGUCGCCAUCAAGGACAAGAUGGAUCUGGCCAUUGGCGUAGCGGUCGGAAGUUCUCUGCAGAUUGCACUAUUGGUACUGCCGUUGAUGAUCAUGCUCAACUGGUGGGGCGUGGGAGACGCAGUCUUGACUCUGAACUUUGACGGAUUCUUGGUCGUGGUUUUGGUGCUGAGCAUUUGGUUGGUCAAUUAUCUCAUCAACGACGGCAAGAGUCACUGGUUGGAGGGUGUUAUGCUCAUGUUGUUAUAUACCAUCAUUGCCGUCGCGGCGUUUUUCUAUCCCGCCAACAAGGAAGAUCUGGUCGGUUGA